AUGGCUCGCGCAUCCAGCGCGUCGCUGGGCGGCGUGUCGAUGAAGCAUUUAUCGCUGGUGACUGUACGACUUCCUGCUAUAUUUCGGGGGCUCACGUUCCAGAACUCGGCGCUCAUUCUGCGGUAUCAUACCAGCACGAGUGUGUUUCUGAAUGAGGUCAUUAAGUUGGGGAUUAGUUUGACCAUGGCGCUGCACGAGAUGUCGCAAACACUACCAACGAACACGACGAUAGCAACGCUAUGCUCCACCCUUGCGACCGCGAUUGUGAGCAACGAGAGCUGGAAACUCGCGAUUCCGGCUGUGUUGUAUACGAUUCAGAAUACGCUGCAGUACGUGGCUGUCAGUAAUCUAGACGCAGCGACGUUUCAGGUUACAUACCAGCUGAAGAUUCUCACGACGGCGAUUUUCAGUGUGGUGAUGCUGGGGCGAUCGCUGUCGCCGCGGAAAUGGGUUUCGUUGCUGCUGUUGAUUGUGGGAGUGUCGAUUAUACAAGUCCCGCAACAAGAAGCUGCGCCAGUGGUCGCAGGGUCGAAGGUUCUGGGUAACAUUGUUGCUCGGUCUGCGUCGUACGAGGGCAUUGAUGCGGAUCACACUGCGCAGACACCUCAUAUGGACCGUCGGGUCGGUCUCCUCGCUGUCCUGGUCGCAUGCGCUCUCUCUGGCCUUGCGGGCGUCACAUUCGAAUACGUCCUGAAGAACUCGACCACGGCCAAGAACACGACGCUGUGGGUGCGCAACUGCCAGCUGUCAUUCUGGUCACUCUUCCCAUCCCUAUUCCUAGGCGUUAUAUGGAAAGAAGGCGCCGAAAUAUCCCAAACAGGCUUCUUCGCCGGCUACAACUGGGUGGUGUGGCUGGCCAUUCUCUUCCAAGCAGCCGGCGGAGUGAUAGUUGCGCUGGUCAUCAACUACGCAGACAACAUUGCCAAGAACUUCGCGACGAGUUUCUUCAUCGGUACCUGCGUCGUACUGGCAGCAACGUACCUUUACACCAAGCCAGACCGAGCGCCGCCUCAGCAGUACGUCAAGUUGGCGGAUCUGGAAGAGGCUGUUAGUCCGCCUGCGAUGCAGUAUGGCGAUCCGUUUAAUAGUCUGGGAAAGGCGUUGGACGACUCGGUGCCGGUCAUACCGACGAAAGAUGUUGGGUUCCAGUCCAAGCGGGAUGCAUAA